AUGAUCGUGCCCCUGUUCUGCCGCUUUAUAACGUACGAGUAUUCCCUUAAUAAGACCUUUAGAACAAUUUUUGGCGUCCUCUAUCCUGCUUAUAAGUCUUACAAAGCUCUUAGGUAUAAGGAUGUGAAGGAGUUGGUUCGUCUGACUAUGUAUUGGAUCGUGUUUUCCUGUUUCACUGCCUUUGAAACCGUUGGGGAUAUUUUACUGGCUUGGUAUUUUAUUAUUUGUCUAAAUAUGCAAAGGUUCCCACUCUACUACGAAAUCAAAACUGCAUUCGUCCUCUACCUCGUGUUACCCUUCACACAGGGGUCCAGCAUUAUAUACAGAAAAAUUGUUCAUCCCCGACUCAGCAACAAGGAAAAGGACAUUGAUCAGUACAUUGAACGGGCAGCUGAAUCAAGCUGCAGCGCUCUCAUGCAUUUCGGCGCAAAAGGAUUAACCUAUGUUGCGAAUACAGCUAUUCACACCGCGAUUAAGAGUCAAGAUCUCAUAAUAAAUCACUUAAGUCAAAGGAGCCUCAGUUUGGAUGACAUUCGACCUUUGGCACUACAGAAACCCGGUGGGGACACUUCAAACACAUAUCAGUCAUAUAGAGAAGGAUAUAAUCAGGCCUCUCAACAAUCAAACCGGUCAGGUCGUCAGCGUUACAGUACUACAACUCCCCUCGACAACGUAACGGAACUCACAGAAGAGGAAUCGCAAAAUGCGGAUUCAUUCAACGCCAUUGAAUCUGGGGAUAUCUCAAGGGGGGACCACCACCGGAAAUCCACUUCAGAUUCUCCUCACCCUCCAUUUCAGCGGCCGCGAAGACAUGUACCCGUCUACGUAGAUUGUCGUAUUAUCCUGCACGCUCGGGCCGACUUAAGCACAGCAUCUCGGCAGUGUCGGGAGCCCGUCGGUCGACCCGAAGAGGCUCGGGUCGUCUGGUCAGCCAGUCUUCGCCAGCCCCACCUCCAUGAGAGACCUCUUUCUCUCUCCCGUCUAUUCGCCGCAGUCUCCCUGUGCAUGCACGGGUGUGUUUCCUUCAUCUCUAUCAUCCCUCUGUACAGCUUCACAGCUCGAAUUUUCCCUAUUCUCCAUUACUGCAGUGAAAGUGUCGCUGAUGCCAUCAAUUCCAAGAUUGUUACUCCUCUCAUCGAAAUCGGGUGGGCAAUUCUCCACCCCUUUGUUCAUUCGAAUCUUGGUGCCUACACUAUUCUUACAAGUUCAAAAAAUUUCUUAAAAAUCUUCAUUCAUAGCGUUGGUGGUAAAUUGCUGUAA